UACUGAGUUGAAAAUGAAGUCACAGUGCCCCAUGAAUUCUCUGUUGGGAGUCAUGUCUUGUAAAAAACAUUUAAUUUUGUUAUUAACAUGCUACGUCGUCGUAGAAGGGAAGCAGUUCCGCUCCGACUACACGUUUCACUCUGCAAUCGACGGAUGGCUGAAAUUCCACUAUGUCCCAGGAACAUGGCAGGACGCUCAUCAAAGGUGCUAUAUGGAAGGUGCAGUCCUGGCUUCACCUGUUAACGCCGCCAUGCAGUAUGCUCUACGUUUGGAGAUAAACAACUCGUCCAAGGAUUGUGCUGGCAUCUACGUCGGAGUUCAUUCAAUCUUCUCUAAAGGAUAUUUUUACUCUAGCGAAGGAGUACCGUUGUCCAAAAUGCCGCUUCAAUGGCUGCCCGGGGAGCCGAACAAUGCCGGCAACAAUGAGGACUGCAUCGUUUACUUGGACGGCAGCGUGGCAGACGUCAACUGCUCCGAAGUUCAUCCGUUCGUGUGCUUCAAGAAGGCGACUGAGAACAUGUCUGUUAUGCCGUGUGGAACUAUUGAUAAAGAGUAUAAGUUCGUGGCAGAUACUGGCAGUUGCUACAAGUUUCAUAAAAAUCAAGUCAUAUGGUCCGAUGCAUUCAAGGUCUGCUCGGCAGAAGGCGGCUAUCUGGCCAUCAUCAAUAGCAAGGAAGAAGCUGCUAUUAUGAAGGACCUUUUCAAUAAACAGUAUCCAAAUGGUCCCAGAAGCUAUAUCACACUCAUUGGGUUUCAUGAUUGGCACAAAGAUGGAGUUUGGAGAACUGUUCACGGACAAACGCUGAAGGAAGCUGGCUAUGCUGUAUGGGAAAUUGGACAACCAGACAACGCUGGUUAUCAGGAAUACUGUGGUGCCAUGUUUUCGAAUGCCAAGCUGGAUGACUUCUGGUGCGACAAAGUCGCUAGGUUUCUGUGCGAGAAGGAUCCCAACAGUUUACAGGAUUAAUGUGACUUCGUCUUUCAUCACCAUAUUUACAUUUUAGUUUUUAAUAUAUGGUAUUUGUAUUGUUAGUUACAUAUU